ACCAACUCAGAGCUAAAGACGCCUUUGGCCGUCAAAGCUCGUUCUGUCUCGCUCGCGCAGAGAUGAGCAGCAUCGGGGGCGAAGAGGAGAGAGAGGCGAUCUCGAGUGUCUUGGCGGUCGUCGACGAGCUCUACCGCAUACGCGACACCUAUUUCCCACGGGAUCCGGAGGAGAAGACCUCCAGGCUUCGAGCCCUAGUUGACACUGCGCUCUCCCUUCUCGAUUCACUUCCUCCAGACCAGAGGAAGUCAUCACUGCAGCGUGCAAAUUAUGAAUAUUUGAGAGGAAAAAUACUAGACGUGUUUCCUGACUAUAGAAAAGAAGCAGAAGACCAUUUGUCAAAAGCUGUUAAGUUAAAUCCAUCUCUUGCAGAUGCUUGGUUAAGCUUGGGUAAUUGCAUUUGGAAGAAAGGAGAUCUUCCAUCUGCAAAAAACUGCUUUUCUUUAUCACUAAGCAAGGGGCCUAACAAGAAAAUUCUUUGCCAGCUUUCAAUGCUUGAAAGAAGUAUGGCUCAAGGUACAGAAAAUAAAGCUGCUUCAAUUGAAGAAAGCAUAACACACGCGAGAGAAGCUGUACAAUUGGAUAUCAGGGAUGGAAAUUCUUGGUGUAAGUCUUUUGUUUGUUUUUUUGCCGUUUGCUGAAAAUAAGCAUCAUCGAGAUUAUAUUCAUUUGAUUUUUUAGUGACAUUUCAAAAUUUUCAUUAUGGUGAAAAAUGUGUAACAAAGUGGGCCAGAAAUGACCAAAGAGAA